GGGCGUGGCUGUUGCCGGGGUAACGAGACUGUUGUACUGAGCAGAGACACUUUUGUUACUGUGCAGGAGACAGAGUGGAGGGGCCACAGAGGACGGCAGAAAACGGUAUUUGGGUGGAUAUCCCCUUUAAACACGUGAAGAUCGUUGCUAAUUUUGGACCCGGUUGUUGCAGCUGUUCUGCUCACAUGGGGAAGAAAGGGAAGAAGAAAAAGAACGGAGGACCAAGCGCCACAGGAGAAAAGAAAAUGACCUUUGCUGAAGCUCUCUUAGCGUACCAGAUCGAGAUGAAGGAAAGUGCCAUAGAGGAACUAAGGGCGGAGCUGAAGCAAAUAGAAGAGAAGAAUGCAAGAUAUAAGGAACGUAAUGAUCAUCUGAAAGGGGAACAGACGGGUCACGUGAAGACUCUGUUGAAUGAGGCAAAGGCACAAGAGAAGGAUUUGGCCAAUAAGGAGGUGAUUAAUAGGGAGCAAGUGGAUGCGGCAAUCAGAGAGAAGUGGGAGAAGUGUCGGCAGAUGGAAGAAAUGUUGGAAGAGAUGGGCUCAGGGAUAAAUCAGCUGGAGAAGGAGAUCGGGGAGAAGAAGAUGGAGAGGGAUUACUGGGCCGAGUACAAGAAUGUUGGGAGUAAGGAACACGCCAAACAGAUUUAUCUCCUGGAAGCGGAAAGAAACAACAUGAAGCAGAGCUGCACCGACAUCAAUGGAUAUUUCAGCAAAAAUUUGGAGACAGCAAAACUGCAGAUUGUCAGAGAGACGGAGAAGCUGAUGGAGGAGAAGAAGGAGUUAGCCACACGGAAUGCAGUUAAAGACAUGGAUGAGGAGAGCCAGAAAGAGAUGAAUGAAAACGACUGGUUAAAGAGAGAGGUUGCCAUUUACAGGAGAGUCGUCGGUGAUCUGAAGCGGACAUUGCAUAGACUUGAACAAGAAAAUUUGGCAUUUGUAAAUCAGCUUUUUGAAUCUAGACUUCAGGAUCUAAAUAUAACAAGGAAUACAUUUAUAACCCAAGUGUUAGGUAUGGAGGAUCCAGGUGUUGCCACAUCAGAACAUGGUUUAUCAAAGCUACAACAUGGUACAGAGUCCAAGAGUCUGAUUGUGGCAGCUAUUAAGGAAAGUGUGUCCUCCUUGGAGGUUCCGUUAGACGCUGACCCCACAAGCCAACGUAGCUUCAAUCUGUUGUAUGAAGACGAAAAAGACUUUGAGCAAUACUUACAGCUGGGCCCACUGGAGAUGAAACUGUUACGUCUCGAGGGGCAGCCAAUGCCUUUACAUCAAGAGAGGGAAGAAGCCACGAGUCGAAGAAGCCACGAGUCGGAUGAUACAGACGCUCACAAGAGACAAAAAUGGCCGCUUAGCCCUAGAACCAUGAGAUCUGCAUUGGCUCAGACUUUGUGAUACGGAGGAUAAAGGUUCCCUAUGUUACGAUUGGAUAAAUGGGAAGACAACUGUAAGGCUGCUCCAAUCUGUACAUAAAUAUUGUACGAAUUAAAAGAAUAGACAAUCCCAGGCAUUAUAUGAGGCUCAGGAUAGAAAAGGCAGGAGAAGGGAAAAUGGGAAGUAAAGGGAGAAAAAUAAAUUUGGGAAAGACAAACCCAAAGAGAACUGCUGGUUGCACUGUUGGAUACAAGGGGGGAGGGAGGUGCAAAAAGAAGAGGUUACAUGCAUGAAAAGGGAAAGAAAUACAUGAUCAGAGAGAGUGAGCCUCAAAAUAACGAAAAAGCAUUUAAAAAUAAAACAUUAAAAAUGCACUUUUUGAGCCAGUCCAUUUUUUGGGGUGUCAGGGAUCCUGCCUUGCAGUUGCAGCCUGGGAAUUGUCAGAAGGAAUGUUUAUAAUUCAAAUAAUAACCAACUGAAUCAGCCCAUGAAUAACAUGGACAUUCAAAGUUCUGCUCAAGGGGAACUUCCCCUUUAAAACGCUCUUCCAUUUUAGCUGCCCUAAAUGAUCUUUAUGAUCUUUAUUAGACACUUACCGAAACUGCCUAGAGUUGCACAGGCUGUUACCCACAAAAACACCCAAGUGCUUUUCAAUUAAGGAGGCCCCAGCAGAAUUCGCUCUCAUGUACAGGUAUGGGACCCGUUAUCCAGAAUGUUUAGGAUCUGGGGUUUUCA